AUGAUUAAGGAGUACCACAAUAGAGACCUCGUUGAUAAGGAGUGGGAUAAUAUUGCGACAAGACUUAAUAUAGGCAAGGAGCUGGCAAAAUCAAAGUGGAAAAGCCUUCGCGACAAUUUCCGAAAGGAGUUGAAAAAAAUUCAAAACACUAGAUCAGGAGAUGCAGCUCCAGCAAAACGAACAAAGUGGAUACAUUUUAGUUCACUUGAAUUUUUGAGAGAAUUCAUAAAACCCAGAUUUACUAGCAGUAAUCUGCUAGUAGAUCUGGGUCCCUCAACAAGUGAUCCAGAAACUACUGUUGAUAAUGAAGUUACAAAUUACAUUGAAGAACCUACAAUUUGGAACCUACAAAAUGAUGAGACAGACAGAUGUAUUGUAGAUAUAAAUGACAAACUGACUUUGUCAUCUGGAUCAUGCCCGUCUAUACCAAACAAAAAACAAAAAAGAAAGACAGAUAAACUAGAUUUACAAAAAGAAAUUCUAGAGAUAGAAAAGCUGAAAAUUGAAUGGUUGAGAAAAGCAGAAACGGAAGAUGAUGAUGAUUUGAACUUUUUUAAAUCUUUACUACCUUACAUGAAACUAUUACCACCAAUUAAAAAACUAACUGUCAGAUCAAAAAUUCAAAAUUUUGUACUUGACCAGUUAAAAGACUAA